AUGUCUAAGAUGAAGAAAAUUUUGCGCACCAAGUUGAGAUCUGCGUUUUCCAAGGCAGGGUGCAGAUCAUACGGAGGGAAAGGAGACCGUGUCGGUGGCAAUAGCUUCUCUGACAAGCUAAGCGUGAACGAAGAAUACUUGCAAGUUUUCAGAACAAAGUCGUACGUAGAAAUGUGGGAUAAAGUUCAUGGACAGCUUCCAAGCACUGCUACUACUUCUUCCUCGUCUCUUCCUCCUAAUUCGUACAUGGAUCGCUCAGAAUAUUUGCUUGAACCGCGGCAGGAUAUUUUAAAGGACAUAAUUAGUGAGGAGGGCUUAAAUCUCCAUCACCUUCUCACCCACUACUUCGAAGCCAGCUUAGACGCCUGCCGUAUCUGUGACUUGCUCCUCCGCACCCUCCAUCAAACACGUUCUGAGUGCCGAAAAAUCAAGAAGCUCGUCCUAGAACUAAGCCAAAGGGUACUUCUACUUGAACAAGCACAAACACAUAAUCAUGGUAAUGAUAAUAAUAAUAACAACGAAGAUGAUGAUGAACAACGGGAAGCUAUUUUUGGAGAUCUUACCACAUUUGCCCUUGUCAAGAAGAAUCCCUUGUCAAUUAUCAACCCCGUGCAGUUCCGUGAUAUUCAUGAUAGCCACUUGGCGUUGUUCAAUAGGUUAACUUUAAAACACAAAAAGGUUCAACGGACCGCAAAGCGUAACAGAAUUUGCAAGAAAGUUGGAGGGGUUGGUCUGGUGGUGUCACACAGUGCACUUUUGAUUGCCUUGCUUGUGUUUGCAAUCCACAGCAUGAUUGGGAUUGUGGUGGCGCCAGCACUGAUGGCUUGCUCGUUGGGUAUGUGCGCCAAGAAAAUGGAGUCGGCGCAGGAUUGGUUGGAAGCAAGAUUUCCAGAUAGCCAUUCAGAGCAACUCGAUGUGGCGGCAAAAGGGAUUUAUAUUUUGAUCAACGAUUUUGACACCAUGAGUCGGAUGGUGAGGAGGUUACAUGACGAGGUGGAGCACCGCAAAGCUAUUGCGGGUAUGUGUGUCACUGCUGCCAGGAAUGUGAAAAAUGUCAACGGGUCUUCGGGGAACUGUGAAAUAUUCAAGGAAGUUGUGAGGGAAUUUCAUGCCGCUGAGUCUGGGUUUGUGGACCAAUUAGAGGAGCUUGAAGAACACAUCUACUUGUGCCUGCUCACCAUUAACAGAUCCAGAAGGCUUGUCCUAGAAGAAAUAGUGGCCACUACCUAA